UCCGUCUGUUCACGCGAUGCAGAAAGUAGUUGAGAGCGCGCAAACAACAUGCACGUAGGAAAAGUUAGAGGCUGCAAACAUUAGUGUUAAAUUAAUGCAGUUUUCUGUGUAAUUAACUCGAAUGUAAGAGUAUAAUAAGCUGUGGGAGGGCAUACAUUACUAACCAUGGAGAUAUUUAGAGACGAGACGGAGUUUACAGAUAUCCGAAUGGUCCAUAGGGUUGUGGAUAUGUUCGAGAGACGUCCUGCUAUUCAACGAAUAGUGAGACUUGGCCUUCUUGCAGGGAUGGACUAUGGUGAUGAGCUAGAUGUUACAGGUGAGGAUGAUUACGAAUAUGACAAUUGGGUACAUGGUCAUAACAAUUCCCAUGGAUACCCGAGGCUGCCUGACAGGCGUAGUGAUAGAGGAUUAAGUGGGAACCGUACAAGGUCAUCCAGCUCUGGUUAUCAGCCUCCACAACAUUACUACACUUCAGCUUGUGACCUUCCUCACCUACCCUCUGUGAAAGUUCAGGGAAAGGAGAGCGAUACUGAAAGAAGAGCCAGAUUAUUACAAGAACCGAAAAAAAACAAAGGAAAGGCAGAGAAGAAGCGGCUUAAGAAACAGAAACAGAAGGAAAGAAAACGUCUUGAGAAGGAAAAACAGAACCCCAUAAAAAGUGAAGAGGAAAAAGAUGAUGCACAGCAAUCUAAAGCGGAGGAGAGUAAACUAGUUAAUGAUAAAUCCAAUUUGGCUUCAGCAAAAGAUACAGACAACAGUGACAGUAGUGAAGACGAAUCCAGUGAUGAAGAUAGUGACACCAAGAAUGACUCGGGCGACUCUGAGGAAUUGGAUAUGACAAGUACUUUUGUGAAUAAGGCUGCUCUUAUAGCCAGGCGUAAACUGGAGCAGAAGCCCAGGCCUGAGAGGAGGGAGAAAAAGAAGACCCCAGUUAAAGAAGAACCUAAAACCGUCCCUGACAAACCCGAUGAAGACCCGGAGGUUGAAAAGAAGAUCUGCGGAUGGGGCCCUGCUGGUUACUCCCAGGAUGCUGUUGCCCCCAGCAGCCCCACUUUUGAAGAUAAUGUAAAAAUAAGUACUGAUCUUGCAAAUAUUGGAAAUAGGUUUGCAAGUGCUGGAGACUUCAAUAUGGCUGUGAAGUAUUUCACGGAUGCAAUUAAAUACAACCCUAAAGAGUUUAAGUUGUUUGGCAAUCGUUCCUUCUGUUUUGAAAAGAUGCAAGAAUAUGUGAAGGCACUGACUGAUGCAGAGUUGUCUCUCAACAUGUGUCCAGGCUGGGUUAAAGGUCUGUUUAGGAAGGGCAGAGCUUUGGCGGGUCUAAAGAGGUAUGAUGAGGCUACCCAGGCCUUUAGGGAGGUUCUCAAACUGGACAGUUCAUGUGCAGAAGCUGCCCAGGAGCUGAUGCGGGUGCAGAUAACACAACUAAUGGCGUAUGGUUUCAGUCGGGAGCAGAGCUCAAAUGCUUUAAUUAUUCAUGGGACAGUGAAAAAAGCACUAGAGGUGCUGUCCAAAUUAAACCAUCAGCCAGGAGCUACUCAAAAUGCCACACUCCCACCAGCUCAAGUAGCGAAUGUCACUGGAGUGUCUCCAGUCCUUUCAGCCAGCACAAACACUGCUCCUCCUCAGUCCCAGGGUGCACCAACAACAGCACUUAACAAGCCUUUAGGCCUAGUCCAGAAUAUGUCAAAUGUCCGGAGUCAACCAAAGCCCAUGCCAAAUCAGGCCAUGAAGACCAACAAAGACCGUCACCCACCACAGGAGCUGUUUCCAGUUUGGGUGGGAAACUUGGUUUACCCAGUCACUGAGCUUGUGAUAACCAACCUAUUUAACCAGGUUGGGGAUGUCCAUAGUGCGAAGGUUCUGUCUUACAAACGAUGUGCCUUCGUAAAUUUUACAAAACAAGAGUAUUGUGACGAAGCAAUCCGACGCUUUCAUGGCUUUGAGCUGAAUGGUAUCAAGAUUGCUGUGAGAUACCCUGACCGGAUUCCUCAAGGCAUGGGCAUUUCCAAAUCUGCCCUCAAAGCCGACGACCUGCAAGAUGAGAAUGUGAGGCAAAACGAGUACGUUGGUGGGAGGAAUGCAGUCGGAAGCCGAAGACCUGUUCGGCCUUACAGACACGUCCCCGACUACAGAAGCAACCACAAUCCCUGAAAAGGAACCAGAUGCCCAUGAGCUGCUCUGGGACUGUCCUCAAUAAAAACAAUCACUUAUACUGUCCAAUACAUAUUAAUCAAUGGUAUCUACAGGGUUUCAGUAUUUUUAGUGGAUCACAGAACCAAUGCUUAUUUGGUAGAAGUUUUUAAAGAAGGAAUGUUAGCAUCAGUCACUGAACAUCCCUUUUUUGGAUUUUUUUUUUUUUUUUUUUAUAUAAACCAAAUGUAAAAACUUAAAGAUUUAUGUAAGCUGAUGAUUCCAGGUAUUAACAAAAAAGCUUCUUAAUGCCAAAAUUGUUAAAGCCGUACCGGUAUAUUGAAGGGCCAAUAUUAUAGGUAUUUUAGGAUAUUGGUAUUUUAAAUGUAAGUAUACAGGAAAAUAAGUUUAUAAUUUACACAUUUCAUGUGCUAAAAUAAUUAGAAAUGUGUCAAAUGAAUGUCUAUACGAGACUCUAUUCAUAAAUUAUGGUAUUGGGCCCCAAAAUCCAGUAUCCUCUAAAAAUGAUUGCCAUUGCGUUAAAUGGUCUUUUUUAAUUUUUUACAGUUGAUAAUACAAACAGAUGCAGGAAUCAUUUUUGGUAUACUUAUUAGUGAUGUUGAACAUGUUUUACAAGAGCCUAUAGCCUGUAUCUAAAGGAUCUGUAUUCAGAAAGGUAUUUACUAUCACUAUACUUCUAAAACAAGUUGCAGAUUUUUCCUGUCUUUCUAUAAACAAUCCUUGUUAUCCUCUAUAAUACAAUAAGCACUAUUUUGUUGAAUACUUAAUUACUGUUUAAUUGCUCAUGGUUCAUUUUCAUUCAUAAGUGGUUGAUCAUGUGGUGGCAUAUCUGGUGUAUUUUAUUCAGAUGCCCUCAUUAAUUAUGGAGUUUGUGUUCUUAAUUCAAGAAUUAAAGAUUCUUUCACAUUCUGA